AUGCUGCAGCAAGCUGCUGUCCCCUUCUCACCCAUAUUUGGUAAUGAUCAACCGCCACGGUAUGAGGACGUUGUUCAGAACCCUCCUUUACCCAAGAGCAGGGAUAUACUGCCACCCUCGUCACUCGCUCCAGACUCUUCUCUCUCUUUGUCCACUACGCCUGAGACAGCAGGGAGACAUAAGGUUCAGACCAACGGGCUGCAGCACACACACACUCUGUCACACACACACUCUCUCUCACCGCACACACACACGUUGUCUGUUUCUACCCCUCCAUCCCAGACACACACACCUUCAUCGCAAAUGCACACUCCGUCAGCGCGCACACACACUCCGUCCAUCUCCCCCAUGGAGGCUCUCUUCAUUGAGGAGGAUGCAGACCUGGGAAGGGGGCUGAACAGGGCUUCCAGACACACACACUCACACACCCCGACCAGAAGCCUCACACACACUCACAGUCGGAACGGGACAGCUUUUAGUCCACACACACCCCCCAGCUCCGCGCACACACACCUCAGCCCCAAUCUGUCACACGUACACGUUACACACACACUCCAGUCUGCUGGUGAAGACCUCACCUGCCCCCCAACCUCCGAACACACCCCUCCUGUCACUCAUAGAGACGACGACAUCGACAGGCUUCUGAUGGACUUGGAGUGUCUGUCGCAGAGCAUGGGUCGGGAGAGAGACCGAGUCAGAGAGGGAGAGAGAGAAAGAGAGGCGGAGCCCCCUCUCCCCAUUAAGACCAGACAGAGGGGGACAGGACAGGGGAACACCUCCCCACAAACCCAACCCUGUCUCCAGACACAAACCCAAAUCAACCCCCAGGCUCAAAGGCCUGUUCCUGUUAGCCACCUAACCGCUAACGCCCAGGCCACUAGGUCGACCCCCAGCUCGCCUGCUCCUCUCCUCCAGGCAGAGGGCAGCAUGGUGGGGCUGGGAGAUGAGGAGGACGGGGCCCUGCUGCUGAGGAUCCUGGAGAGCAUUGAGAGCUUUGCCCAGGAACUGGUGGACUCUGGGGGUAGUCCUGGGAACACUGGGAAGACUGGGACUCAGAGCAAAGAGAAGGAGGUGAUGAGACUCCUACAGGACACUCUGGCUACUGCAGCCAAGACUGACACUCUGACGCAGGCCAAACUACCUGGAUCUCCACCAGCCUGGCAAGAUGGACCUGUACAUGUGUCUGCCUCCACACCAACACCUGCACCCAGACUUACAGAUGGACCUGUUCCUACGGCCCUACCUGUCUCUACAGCUCCCACACCUGUCCCUGCCCCUAUCCCCACAACCCUAGCAGAGUCUGUCUCUACAGCUCCCACACCUGUCCCUGUCCUUGUCCCUGUCCCUGUCCCCACAACCCUAGCAGAGUCUGUCGCCACAGACCAAGUUACACCUUCUACCCUACCCACACCUGUUCCACCACCAGCAGUCGUACCCACACCUGUUCCACCACCUACAGUCGUACCCACACCUGUUCCACCACCUACAGUCGUAUCCACACCUUCAGAAGCAGCCGCUGGACGUGAACAUCCACCUGUAGCUGACCUGACAGCUGUACUUACCACCACGGCCACCCCUCCACCGGCUGUAACACCUGUCCCCUCCCCUGUCCCGCCCCCUACACCCACACCUGGAGAGGCACCUGUUGCAACCAUCGCUGCUCCUCCUGUUGCCGUGAGACACCCGGUUGCCCCUAGCAAUGUGGUUGCCCUGAGAGACAUCGGCUCGACACUGCUCAUCCAGCAGACGCCUGAGGUGAUCAGAGUCCAGUCCAACAAGCAAGAUAAGAAAUCUGGCACCCCUCCUCCAGCCCCUCUCUCCCCACUCCCUCCGUUCCUCCCCCCACCGCUCCCCCUCUCCUCCCCCACUCCAGUCGUCCUCACCCCUCCUCCUCCCCCUCCUCCCCCUGCCCUCAACAUUCCCCGCUUCUACUACCCUCGAGGGUUACCAGGGGCAACAAAAGUCAACCACGAUGCGGCCAUCACUGCCAUAGAAACAGCCUUCACUGAGUUUGAGGAGGAGAAGGCUGAUAUUUACGAGAUGGGCAAGAUCGCUAAGGCAUGUGGCUGUCCUCUGUACUGGAAGGCAGCCAUGUUUAACGGAGCAGGAGGAGAGAGGACCGGCUUUGUCUCUGUUCACUCCUUCAUCGCUACCUGGAGAAAGUUGUUACAUAGUUGCUAUGACGAUUCGUCUAAGUUUAUCUACCUCCUGGCGAAGCCUGGCUGUUCCUACCUGGACCAGGAGGACUUCAUACCUUUAUUACAGGACAUAGUGGACACUCACCCAGGACUGACGUUCUUGAAGGAUGCCCCAGAAUUCCAUUCCCGUUACAUCACCACCGUGAUUCAGCGGAUAUUCUAUGUGGUCAACCGCUCGUGGACAGGUCGCAUCACCAUGACGGAACUACGCAGGAGCAACUUCCUGCAGACCCUGGCCCUGUUGGAAGAAGAGGAUGAUAUCAACCAGAUAACAGAUUAUUUCUCUUAUGAGCAUUUCUAUGUGAUCUACUGUAAGUUCUGGGAGUUGGACACGGACCACGACCUUUACAUUGACCCUAAGGACCUGGCUCGUUACAACGACCACGCAUCUUCAAGCAGAAUCAUUGAGAGGUUGUUCUCAGGAGCCGUUACGCGGGGUAGCUCAGUGCAGAGGGAAGGGAGGAUGAGUUAUGCAGAGUUCAGCUGGUUCCUCAUCUCAGAGGAAGACAAGAAAAACCCUACCAGUAUAGAGUACUGGUUCAGGUGUAUGGACACAGAUGGGGACGGUGUGUUGUCCAUGUUUGAGUUGGAGUACUUCUAUGAGGAGCAGUGUAGUAGGAUGGAGGGGAUGGGCAUUGAACCCCUACCCUUCACAGACCUGCUCUGUCAGAUGCUAGACCUUGUCAAACCUGAAAGCCAAGGUAAGAUAACCCUGUCUGAUCUGAAGAGGUGUAGGAUGGCUCAUAUAUUCUUCGACACGUUCUUCAACCUGGAGAAAUACCUGGACCACGAGCAGAGAGACCCCUUCGCUUUGCAGAAGGACAUAGACAAUGAGUGUCCAGAGCCUUCAGACUGGGAUAAAUACGCUUCAGAGGAAUAUGAGAUCCUGGUGGCAGAAGAGACAGCUAAUGAACAGCUGCAGGAGGGGACAUUUGAUGAUGACUAUGAGGAGGCGGAGCUUCCUGUUCAAGGAGAGAUGGUUGGGAAUAAGAUGGAUAAGCUGCUCAUAUCAGAUCUGUCAGCAUGAAAUUCCCAAAGCCUGGAAUACCACUCCCUUCUCCUUGGAUAUACAGGAGACGGGGGAGAGAGGAAGAGGGAUGGACGGGGCGAAAUUAAGAAAAAGCUAAAGCGAUGGAGGACUCCAAACUCUCUCAGCUUCUCCUUUCAUACACAGACAGGGACAGAAGGGAUGGUGAGAAGACAGAUGGGGUGGACUGAAAACGAGAGAGAGGAUGGACAGAACGAGAGAGAGGAUGGACAGAACGAGAGAGAGGAUGGAAAGAACGAGAGAGGAUGGACAGAACGAGAGAGGAUGGACAGAACGAGAG